AUGGAGCGGCGGCUGCGCGCGCUGGAGCGGCUGGCGCGGGGCGAGGCCGGCGGCGGCCCGGGGCUCGACGGCCUCCUGGAUCUGCUGCUGGGGCUGCACCAAGAACUCAGCAGCACCCCCCUGCGGCGGGAGCGCAACGUGGCGCAGUUCCUGAGCUGGGCCAGCCCCUUCGUGACAAUGGUGAAAGAGUUGCGUCUGCAGAGAGAUGACUUUGAGAUUUUGAAGGUGAUCGGCCGAGGGGCCUUCGGGGAGGUUGCUGUGGUGAGGCAGAGGGACAGUGGGCAGAUUUUUGCCAUGAAAAUGCUGCACAAGUGGGAGAUGCUGAAGAGAGCUGAGACAGCCUGUUUCCGGGAGGAGCGGGACGUUCUGGUGAAGGGGGACAGCCGCUGGGUGACCACUCUGCACUAUGCCUUCCAAGACGAGGAAUACCUGUACCUGGUGAUGGACUACUACGCCGGUGGGGACCUCCUCACACUGCUGAGCCGCUUUGAGGACCGCCUCCCGCCUGAGCUGGCCCAGUUCUACCUGGCUGAGAUGGUGCUGGCCAUCCACUCACUGCACCAGCUGGGCUACGUCCACAGGGAUGUCAAGCCAGACAAUGUCCUCCUGGACGUGAAUGGACACAUUCGCCUGGCCGACUUUGGCUCCUGCCUGCGUCUCAACAACAGCGGCAUGGUGGACUCAUCAGUGGCAGUAGGGACACCGGACUACAUCUCCCCUGAGAUCCUGCAGGCCAUGGAAGAGGGCAAGGGCCACUACGGCCCGCAGUGUGACUGGUGGUCACUGGGAGUGUGCGCCUAUGAGCUGCUCUUUGGGGAGACGCCCUUCUACGCCGAGUCCCUGGUGGAAACCUAUGGCAAGAUCAUGAACCAUGAGGACCACCUGCAGUUCCCCUCGGACAUGCCUGACGUGCCAGCCAGCGCCCGAGACCUGAUCCGACAGUUGCUGUGCCGCCAGGAGGAGCGGCUGGGCCGGGGCGGGCUGGACGACUUCCGGAACCAUCCCUUCUUCGAAGGCGUGGACUGGGAGCGGCUGGCGGCCAGCACUGCCCCCUAUGUCCCUGAGCUCCAAGGGCCCAUGGACACCUCCAACUUUGAUGUGGAUGAUGACACCGUCAACCACCCAGGGACCCUGCCACCACCCUGCCAUGGGGCCUUCUCGGGCCAUCACCUGCCAUUCGUGGGCUUUACCUAUACCUCUGGCAGUCCCAGUCCUGAGAGCAGCUCCGAGCCAUUGGCUGCUCUGGAGCAGAAGCUCCACUGUCUGGAGCAGGAGAAGGUGGAGCUGAGCCGGAAGUGCCAAGAGGCCCUGCACGCCACUUCAGACCACUGGGAGCUGCAGCAGCUACAGAAGGAAGUGCAGACUCUACGGGAGAGGUUGUCAGAGACACUGAGGGACAGCAAUGCCCCCUUGUCCCAGACGGAUGGGCCCCCUGCUCAUAGCCCAGGUCAAGACAGUGACUCAUGGCAGGAGAGAGACCAGCUCCACCAGGAGCUGGCCGAGGCUCGGGCAAGGCUGCAGGCUCAGGAACAGGAGCUAUGCAGAGCCCAGGAGCAGCAGGAAGAGCUAUUCCAGAGGCUGCAGGAGGCCCAGAAGAGAGAAGCAGCCAUAGCCAGCCAGACCCAGGCCCUGAGCUCCCAGUUGAAGGAAGCCCGGGCUACCCAGAGGGAGCUGGAGGCCCAGGUGGCCACCCUGAGCGAGGAGGUGACACAGCUGCAGGGACAGCGGGAGCGAAGCCUUGAGGAGUGUUCUCGGGUCAAGACCGUCCACACAGCCUCUGAGACCAACGGCACGGGACCGCCUGAGGGCGGGCCUCAGGAAGCUCAACUGAGGCAGGAGGUGGCCGCUCUGCGGGAGCAGCUGGAGCAGGCCCACAGCCAACGGCCAAGUGGGAAGGAGGAGGCUCUGUGCUGGCUGCAGGAGGAGAACCGGCGGCUGAGCCGGGAGCAGGAGCGGCUGCUGGAAGAGCUGGCGCAGGAGCAGCAGAGCAAGCAGCAGCUGGAGGGUGAGCGGCGGGAGACGGAGAGCAACUGGGAGGCCCAGAUCGCCGACAUCCUCCGCUGGGUGAAUGAUGAGAAGGUCUCAAGAGGCUACCUGCAGGCUCUGGCCACCAAGAUGGCAGAGGAGCUGGAAUCCUUGCGGAACGUGGGCACCCAGACACUCCCUGCCCGGCCGCUGGACCACCAGUGGAAGGCACGAAGGCUGCAGAAGAUGGAGGCUUCGGCCAGGCUGGAGCUACAGUCUGCACUGGAGGCCGAGAUCCGUGCCAAGCAGGGCCUGCAGGAGCGGCUGACGCAGGUGCAGGAGGCCCAGCUGCAGGCCGAGCGCCGUCUGCAGGAGGCUGAGAAGCAGAGCCAGGCCCUGCAGCAGGAGCUGGCCACGCUGCGGGAGGAGCUGCGGGCCCGCCGGCCAGGGGACUCCAAGCCAUCAAACUCCCUGAUUCCCUUCUUGUCCUUCCGGAGCUCAGAGAAGGAUCCUGCCAAGGAGCCUGGUGUCUCAGGAGAGGCCCCAAGGCCUGGGGUGGAGCCAGAGCUGAGGCCAGAAGGCCGACGCAGCCUGCGCUCAGGGGCUGUGUUCCCCAGAGUGCCAGCAGCCGCCACAGCCCCUGCAGAAGGUCUUCCUGCUAAGCCUGGCUCACACAUGCUGCGCCCCCGGAGCUUCCCAUCCCCCACCAAGUGUCUCCGCUGCACCUCGCUGAUGCUGGGCCUGGGCCGCCAGGGCCUGGGCUGUGAUGCCUGCGGCUACUUCUGUCACUCAACCUGCGCCCCACAGGCCCCACCCUGCCCCGUGCCCCCUGACCUGCUCCACACAGCCCUGGGAGUGCACCCCGAAACGGGCACGGGCACUGCCUACGAGGGCUUCCUGUCGGUGCCACGGCCCUCUGGCGUCCGGCGGGGCUGGCAGCGGGUGUUUGCUGCACUCAGCGACUCGCGCCUGCUGCUAUUUGACGCCCCUGACCCUCGGCUCAGCCCAGCCAGUGGGGCUCUCUUGCAGGCGCUGGAUCUGAGGGACCCCCAGUUCUCAGCCACUCCUGUCCUGGCCUCGGAUGUCAUCCACGCCCAGUCAAAGGACCUGCCACGAAUCUUUAGGGUGACAGCCUCCCAGCUGACCGUGCCACCUACCACGUGCACCGUGCUGCUGCUGGCCGAGAGCGAGGGGGAGCGGGAGCGCUGGCUGCACAUGCUGGGCGAGUUGCAGCGGCUGCUGCUGGACACACGGCCAAGACCCCGGCCCGUGUACACACUCAAGGAGGCCUACGACAAUGGGCUGCCACUGCUGCCCCACACACUCUGCGCUGCCAUCCUUGACCAGGAGCGGCUUGCUCUGGGCACCGAGGAGGGGCUGUUUGUGAUCCAUCUGCACAGCAACGACAUCUUCCAGGUGGGGGAGUGCCGGCGGGUGCAGCGGCUGGCUGUGAGCCCCACAGCGGGCCUGCUCAUCGUGCUGUGUGGCCGCGGCCCCAGCGUGCGCCUCUUUGCCCUGGCCGAGCUGGAGAGCACAGAGGCAGCAGGUGCCAAGAUCCCCGAGUCUCGAGGCUGCCAGGUGGUGGUAACUGGGCGCAUCCUGCAGGAUCGCACCCCAGUGCUCUGUGUAGCCGUCAAGCGCCAAGUGCUCUGCUACCAGCUGGGCCCAGGCCCGGGGCCCUGGCAGCACCGGAUCCGUGAGUUACAGGCACCCGCACCUGUGCAGAGCCUGGGGCUGCUGGGUGACCGGCUGUGUGUGGGUGCCGCCGGUGGCUUCACACUCUACCCGCUGCUCAAUGAGGCUGCUCCAUUGGUGCUGGGGUCCGGUCUGAUGCCUGAGGAGCUGCCGCCCUCCCGAGGGGGCCUGGGCGAGGCGCUGGGUGCCCUGGAGCUCAGCCUCAGUGAGUUCCUGCUGCUCUUCACCACUGCUGGCAUCUACGUGGAUGGCACAGGCCGCAAGUCUCGUGGCCACGAACUGCUGUGGCCAGCAGCACCCACGGGCUGGGGUUACGCAGCCCCCUACCUGACAGUGUCCAGCGAGAGCGCCAUCGAUGUGUUUGACGUGAGGCGAGCAGAAUGGGUGCAGACGGUGCCGCUCAAGAAGGUGCGGCCCCUCAAUCCAGAGGGCUCCUUGUUCCUCUAUGGCACCGAGAAGGUCCGCCUGACCUACCUCAGGAACCAGCUGGCAGAGAAGGACGAGUUCGACAUCCCCGACCUCACCGACAACAGCCGGCGCCAGCUAUUCCGCACCAAGAGCAAGCGCCGCUUCUUCUUCCGGGUGUCGGAGGAGCAGCAGAAGCAGCAGCGCAGGGAGAUGCUGAAGGACCCCUUUGUGCGCUCCAAACUCAUCUCACCGCCCACCAAUUUCAACCACCUGGUGCACGUGGGCCCCACCAAUGGGAGGCCCAGCGCCAGAGACCCUCCCCGGGCUCCGGAAAAGAAGGGCCGAGGUCCCCGCACUGGCCCUCAACGGCCCCACAGCUUCUCGGAGGCGUUGCGGCGCCCAGCAUCCGUGGGCAGUGACGGCCUCGCUGGAGAUGCAGACCCCACAGUGAAGAGGAAACCUUGGACAUCUCUGUCCAGCGAGUCUGUGUCCUGCCCCCAGGGAUCUCUGAGCCCUGCAGCCUCCCUAAUACAGGUCUCAGAGCGGCCCCGGAGCCUUCCCCCAGCCCCUGAAUCAGAGAGUACCCCUUGAUGUCCUCUGGCAGGGCCCACCCCAAUCCCAGGACAGAAAGAUGUGAGGGAACAAAGAGCUUGAGAAAUGCCAUAUUCCGGCUGGUCCGGGACAUGGAAAUUCGGACUCAGGGAGGUCCUGGACUGGGCAGGGACUGGGAGGCUUGCCUGGGUUCCUAGGACUUGGGGGUCCUGACUCCCAGCCCUCAUCCUGCCUUCCUCUCUGCUCCCAGCCCCAGCCUGUGCUAGCCAUUGGGAAUGGAAUGGCCCCUCUUCUGCCCUGGUGUUCAGGGGUGAUUGUGCCAAA